CACGCGCACCGUGUGAUCAUAUAGCACCCAAUUCAGCAGCUGGUUGCAGCAGAGAACAUUUAACAAACAGACCGACAUACCGGACCGAACCUUACCGAACAUGAUGGAGUGGCAACCAAUGGAGAUCAACCCGGAGAUGCUGAACAAGGUGCUCAGUGGGCUGGGUGUGUGUGGUAGCUGGCGCUUCGUGGAUGUGUUGGGCCUGGAGGACGAGGGAGUGUCUUCAGUACCGACUCCCUGCUGUGCUCUCAUGCUACUCUUCCCCCUGACACAACAGCAUGAGUCGUUCCGGCAGCAGCAGGCUGGGAAGGUGUCGGGGGCUCCAGGCCUCUACUUCCUGAAACAGACGGUGGUCAACUCCUGUGGCACUGUGGCUCUGCUGCACGCAGUUGCCAACAACCCCACCCACAUAGAGUACGAUGGUGACUCUGCUCUGAAGAAGUUUCUAGAUGAGACGGCUGACAUGACCCCCGCCCAGCGAGCCACACACCUGGAGAACAACCAGGCCAUCAGAGAGGCUCAUGAUGAAGUGUCGGCACAGGGCCAGUGCAGGGUGGAGGCAGAUAAAGUGAACUUCCAUUUUAUCACCUUCGUCAAUGUGAAAGGACAGCUUUAUGAGCUGGAUGGUAGGAUGGGGACGGUGAACCAUGGAACCACCAAGGAUGACUCCUUCAUCAAGGAUGCAGCCAGGGUGUGUCGGGGUUUUGUGGAGAGAGGGGAGGGAGAGGUCCGCUUCUCUGCUGUAGCUCUCUGUCACACCUAAAGACCCAGGACACACUUGCACCACACACACACACUCUCUCUCUCUCACACACACACACACACACACACACACAUGCCCGGUAUGCACUGGAAACAUACCGUUUGCACUCUGCCCACACACUCCGCAGCACACAUGCGUAGAUAGUAGUUUGCACAAGCCUGGUGUAUGUCAUGAUGAUGUCACUACUGAUGAACUUUGUCUGCUGUACUCUGUUUAUUUCUAUGUCAGAUCUCACCACUGCUAGACUGUCUUAAUCUGGAGACAUGGAACGGAUAAGUGCCUUUAGUGGCAAAACGAGUGAAAGAGAGAGAGAAAGAGGGGGGGACUGAGGAGAAAGGAGUGGAGAGAGGCAGUGAGGUGUUCUAAGGAGGUUAUUGCAGCAGUCUGACUGGUGACGCUGCUGCUGGUUCUCCAAGAGAAAGGAG